AUGGACCGCGGCGACUUCGACUUCCCGCCGGACCCCGCCGCGGAAGGGUUCGACUCGACCGUCGACGCCAUCAACAAUGUCCCCCUCCGUGUGCUCUCCAACACGCCCAUCGAACAGCUGCCGCCCACCAUUCUGCCCGUGGAGCAGCAGAGGCCCAUACGGCAGGUUAUGCGGGGCAGCCGGCAGCUGCGGCGCAUUGCACUGCAGAGAACACAGUCCCACCUAUCCACCCAGUCGCUGCAGGGCACCGACGCAACGCAGCAGGCCGCCAAUGCGGAGGACGCUGAGCCCACACCACCGCUCCAAGGUAUGCUUGCAGGGCACAAGCGGGCCCGCUUCGACUGGACAGAAGAGGAACUCAGAGACUUCUACAAGUUUCUCUCACAGUAUGGCACGGACUUCAACGCCAUCGCUGUCCUCUACCCCGGGCGCUCCCGCAAUGACGUCAAGCGACUGUACCACCGGGAGUUGCGCAAGCGGCGCGACGAUGUGCGGGCGGCGUUGGAGUCGCGGGAGGAAAUAGACCUGAGCACCUUCAAGGCCCGCCUCAAGAAGCGGGAGGAGCUGCAGCAGGGCCCGGCCCGACGCCUCGACCAGGAAGAGGAGGAGGCACUGCGCCAGAUCGAGGCGGGGAUGCUGCAGCUGCUGCCGACACCAGGUGAGGGGGAAACACUCACAAGUGACGCCGCGAACGCCGACUUUGAGUUCGAUUUCAUUGUGGAGGAAAGACCACAGGCUGAAGGCGCACAUGUGGCGAAGGAAGAUGAAGAGCCGAAUGUCAAGGGCGACGACGCCCCCAUUCCGGUGACUCUGGAAGUUGGUGGUGUCAAGAAGGAUGGCGGCGAGGCCCCGGCGGCCGACACGUUGUUGGGAGAUCUCGUCGGGCUCGAUGAGCCAUUUGAAGACGAUUUCUUUGAGUAUUGA